GCCGCCGCCACCGCCGCCGCCGCCACUGCCUCCGCUGACGCCAGUAGCAGUAACAAGGCCAAGAGAGGAACAGCCGCAGAUGGAUGCUGCCGCCGACGACGGCACUUUUGACUGGCUCUUUUCUUCGUCGCUGUUCCCAUCCGCUUGGCCGCUGGAGGAAGAAGCCGUCGUCGAGAAGCAGCUGCCGAUCGCAUACGAGCGCACGACACCCACCGAGCUGCCCAACACGAGCGUCGUGGGCCCCGACGAGGGCCGUGUGCGCUUCCACAUGCUGGGCAGCCCCCACCCGGCGACGCUGCUGGCCGAAAACACCUGCCAGGUGGCGCCGCUCCUCCAGGUUGCAAAGGACCGUCUGCUGUUGCUUCCCACGCUCGCGCAGCAAAUCCCAGACGAGGAGAAGCAGGGCACGCAAAAGAUGCUGGCCGCCGUGUCGCCCGAGACACUCAACGUCUUUGUCCAGCUCUUCUUCCAGCACUUUGACCGCCUCUGCUCCGUCGUGCACCGGCCCACGUUUGACCCCAACUACUGCGAGGUGUUUCUGCUGGGCGCCAUCUGUGCCCUGGGGUCCAUGUACUCGGCCAUUGAAAACGCAUCCCGGUUCGGCCACUCGCUCAUGAGCCUCGUCAACCGUGCCAUUUUUGGCGUCUGGCCCCGCACGCGCGAGUACGGCCGAUCGCUGCCGUUCAUCCAGGCGCUCCUGUUGAAUUUCAACUUCUUUCGCAGCUCGGGCACCCGCGAGAUGCUCGAGCUUGCCGAGUCGCUGCGCUCGCCGCUGACGACAAUGAUUCGCAAGUGCAGGCUCCUCGAACCCGGCGAGGGCAGGCAUCCAGAAGACUGGAAGGCCUGGGUCGACUGCGAGACAAAGAAGCGCACCGCAUGGGCCUACUUUACCGCCGACAUGGAGCUGAGCAUGGUGUGGAGCCUGGCCCCGAGCUUUGCCUUUGACGAGCUCAAUGCCGAGCUGCCGGGCGACGAGGCGCGCUGGCGGGCAGCCUCGGCGGCGACGUGGCGCAGCAUCGGCGACAACUCGCCCCGCAUCCUGCUCAACCAGCUGCACACGGACCCACACGCCCUCUACCUCUGCGGCUCGGGCGCGCAAAAGGUCGUCUUUUCCUCGUCGCUCUGCUCGCUGGGCACGUCGCUGCACUCGAUGCGCAGCAGCUGCCUGGACGCCGUCAUUGACAUGGCGACGAGCCAGCUCGUGCAGGCGUGCCAGGCGCUGCGCUUCUCGGGCACGAGCACCGCCCUUCCCGAGCUCCUGCUCCGCUUCAUGAUGCUCAUCAGCACCAUCGACACCUACGACCUCCAGGCCCUCGUCCGGGCGACCGACACCGACGCAGCAUUUGAACGUGUUGAGCGUCGGCUGGCGCGCGCCAAUGCCCUCGAGCACGUCCUCGUGCAGGCCGGCCGCAUCGUCGGCCUCUGCCGGACCCAGGCCAGCGAGUCGCUGUACGAGGGCUGCUUCUUCUUCUAUGCAGCCUCGGCUCUGUACGGCUGCUCUCGCAUCCUCCUGGGCCGCGCCCUGCCCGUCGACUGCACCUCGCAGCGCAUCGACGGACUCGCGGCCCUGUCGCCCGCCACGGGCGAGCCGUUCCGCCCGCUGCUCGAGGGCAUCGGCGACAUCACCGCACUCGAUGCCCCCUGGCGGAUCCUCAACCACUACUCGAGCUAUCUCCUCAACAGGCCCCUGCGCACAUCGUGGCCCAUCACCGGCCUGCUGGGCAGGUUCCUGGCAGACAUGGCCUCGGCCGUCGUUGCCUCUUCUGGCCAGCCCGCUUCCACGCCUGGCAGGAUUGUAUCGCGCGUCUGAAUCAUAUCGUGUAUCGCAUGACCAUUGUACCCAUAGCAAAAGAGAAAGAGAGACAGAGAGACAGAGAGAGAGACAGAAAGAUGCUCGAAAUGAUAAAGGAUGAGAAAAGCAGAAUGGAUCACGCCUUGACAUCUGUCAGAGAGUUACUGUCUGAGCCGCGGUAGGAGAGCUCCGGCAGAUCGGGGGAGUUGGCGCCGUCAAAGAGGACCUGGAUCUCCUCGACGGUCUUGCCCUUUGUCUCGGGGAAGAGGAACAAGACGUUGAUGAGGAAAAAGAGAAGCACGGCCACGUAGACGAGGUAGAACUUCCAUGC